AUGUUUGGUUUUAGGGGUUUAACUGUCCUCUUACCGCUGUUGUAUCUGGUGUACUACAUCAACACCACCUGUCCAUUAUCAGAUCCAGUUGCCACCUCAGAUUCCUUGGUUUGUCAAUUGACUCAUCAGUCAUAUGAAUACGUUACCCCUUUUGUUGAGAGGGUGCAGCACACUGAGCACUAUCAACUUGUGAACAAGAAUAUCUCCCCUUAUACUCAAGCCAUAGAUGCUCAGUAUCAACAGUAUCUCUCACCUACAAUCGAUCACCUUUCUGAAAAGGCAAAAUAUUACUUCAAAAUCUUCUCAGUCCAUGCUAAGUCGUAUUUUAGAUUUGCCGCUCUAAAGAGUGUGGAGCUGAAGAAAAAAGGUGACCUGUAUGCGAACGACGUUCUCAUUCCCAGAGCGAUCACUCUCUACCACCAAUCUUACAAUUAUACAAAGACUACAAUCAUUCCCAAGACUAAGGAAUUGUUUCAUAAAUCCAGUGACUAUCUGCAUGAAGAAGUUCUGCCUGUAGUGUACAAAUGGUAUGCUAUCACUUGGUGGAAAACCAAGGAUGUCUAUCAGUUUGAUGUUAAACCAAGAUUGAUCGUGGUUGCCCACUUAUUGAAGUUGGAUCUUGUUUGGAAUAAACUUCAAGAGUUUACGCAGACUGAGUAUUACCAGACAGUGGAAAGACCAAUAGUUCUCGUGUGGGAGUACGUUUCGACUGUCAUUCGAAAAUUGCACGUCCUCCUUAGCUCAUUUCAGAGAGAAGAACUACUCAUUAGUUUCAACCAACAAGUAGAGUCUAAGAAAGAGUUUUUGAGAUCCCAGUUUAAUGAAUUCUUCAAUGCAAGUUUCCAAUUGAAAGAUUUAAAAGAGCUGGGAAGAAGAAAUUUUUUCGACGCAGCGACUGUUUCAGGCGUUCCUUCAGCUGAGGGUUCGACAGAAUCUGAAAAAACUGAUGCUGAAACUGAGGUUUAUGAGACUGAAAUUGAGAUUGAGAUUGAGACUGAGACUGAGACUGAGACGGAGACUGAGAUUGAAACGGAGACCGAAAUUGUAUACGACACCUACUCUGAUACAAUCAACAGAGAGUCUCCGCCACCAAAUGAGGACGAUGAUGAGGAUGAAAUCGAAUAUGUGGACAUUAACGAUGUCGACGUUGAUGAUGACGAUGUCGAAAUUGUAACUCAACGUCAGACUGUUACCCUUUUUACUACCGUUGAAGAUUCUGAACCAACUAGUGAAAAUGAAACCGUAAGCCUGGAAUUGCAGCCACUAGAAGAAUUCAAAGAAUUUGUAACUAACAUUUCUAGCAAGGCCCAACAGCAGUUUGACGAUUCUGUUAAGGAACUUGAAGAUGAAGUUAUUGCUAAGUUAAACGAUAAGCUAAAACCAUUGUUGCGAGACCUUUCGCACACCAUCAACAGCGACUAUGAGAAAACUCAUUUGCUUAUUGCUGAUAUCAACAGGAUUAAAGACACCUCUAACAGUGAAGAUUCUGACGUAAGACCCUACAAGUAUGUUACAAGACAAGAUGUCCGAGACGAACUUGAGAGACUAUCAGAAAAGGUUGAAAAACAGACCGAUGCCGCAAAGGCAGUGAUCUCUAACUACAAAGGUUUGCUAGAAGAUGACAUAGUCAAAAUCAGAGACAAGGUUGUGACCAUUCUGGAAGAGUAUUUUGAUAUUUCGUAUACGGAAUAUUCCAAAAAGAUAAUAACGGAAACAUCUCGUAACAGUGACAAGGCUUGGGAUGAAUGGAGUGAAUUCGUUGCUUUGAAAGACAAAAUUUUAGAUGUCAGGGAUGAUAUUUUCACAAAGAAACCUAAGCUGGAAAACUUUCUAAAAGCAAUGACUGAGUGGGAUCAUACUCUUUAUGUUCUAGUUAAUGAAAGUGGGCAAUAUUUAUCUCUUCUGAGAGCCAAGGCAAAUGUGCAGUUUCAAAUUAGAGAGGCUGAAGAGAGAAGGCAAGAAGAGCUUACUCUCAAAGCUCAGGAAGGGGACGAUAAGGAGGAAAUUAAUGUCGAUGAUGUCCAACUAAAUGAUGAAACUCUUGGAAAUGAGAUUGAAGAUGAUGAAGAUGAUGAAGAAGAAGUUGAGGAAGAGACUGAAGAAGAGACUGAAGAAGAAUUCGAAGAAGAAUAUGAGGAAGAGGAUGAAGAAAAGGUCGAAGAAAAGGUCGAAGAAGAAGUAGCAGAUAAUCAGGAAUCAGCAGAAGAGAUCGUAGGAGAAGCAGCAAGCGAUAGCACAAAAGACGAUGAUGAGGAAGAAGAAGAUACUGAUGACGAGGAAGAUUACAGAGAUGAAGAAGAAGCUGAUGAUGAUGAGGAUGAUCAAUAG